AUGGCUACGGACAUUGUCCGGGAAGGCGUUCUCGCCAUCAACAAGCCUUGCGGUAUCAGCUCGGCGCAAGUUAUCCGCGAGUGCCAAAAGGUCUUCAAUCCCUCAAAGUUCUUCAAGCCAAUGAUCGACGCCGAGAUCGCCAAGCGCAUGAACGAGUCCGGCCAGCAGUUCGCCCGUCGCAAGCAUAUCAAGAAGGCCUCACAGGUCAAGAUGGGCCAUGGAGGAACCCUCGAUCCUCUCGCCACCGGCGUCCUCAUUCUAGGCAUUGGAUCUGGCACCAAGGUUCUAUCCCAGUUCCUCGAAUGCACCAAGACAUACGAGACCGUUAUCCUCUUCGGCGCAAGCACCGACACCUACGAUCGAGUCGGUCGCAUCCUUACCAAGCGACCCUACGACCAUAUCACCCGCGAAAAGGUUGAGAAGGAGCUUGCGAGCAUGAAGGGUCCCCUCACCCAGAUCCCACCUCUGUACUCUGCGCUCAAGAUGAAUGGCAAGCCCCUGUACGAGUACGCGCGAGAAGGCAAGCCUAUCCCCCGAGAGAUUGAAGGCAGAGAGGUCGAGAUCAAGGACAUUGAGCUUCUCGAAUGGUACGAACCUGGCAAGCACAGCCACCGAUGGCCAACCGAGGAGGCCGAAGCCGCAGAGCGGAACCUGGCCGAGCAGGUCUGGAGGGUCAAGAAGCAGCAGGAGACCAACAAGAAGCUGAGCCCCGAGGAAAAGGAAGAAGACGACCAGGCGAUAGCGGCGCAUGAGUCUUUUAAGCGCAAGUUUGAGCAGCGACAGGACGAGCUUAUUAAGGACGCCCCGAAAAAGCGAGCGAAAAACUCCAAGAACCCCCCAAUGAUGUCGGGCGCUCUGGGACAGCUACCACAGCCUAUCUACAGCGAGAAAGGCACUCAUCUGGUUCCUGACGCACCUGACGAGAACACUCCUCCUCCCUGGAGCGACGAGGGCCCUCCCGCCGCCAGAGUGCGAUUGACAGUCACUUCCGGUUUCUACAUUCGAAGCUUCUGUCACGACCUAGGCGCCAAGAUGGACUCAGCCGCUCUCAUGGCUGAACUGUGCCGGUCUCGACAGAGCGACUUUUCUAUCGGCGGUGACAACUGUCUCGAGUUCGAUGACCUUUCCAAGGGCGAGGAGGUUUGGGCUCCUCAAGUCGCCAGCAUGUUGGAGCAAUGGAGCAACGAGAACAAGGAUAAGGCACCUGGCCCCCCCGGUCCUGACUCUCCCAAGCACAAGCACCAAAAGCACCACCACAAGGACAAGGCAGAGAAUCGACGACACUCCAAGUCCCCCGAACGAUCCCGCUCAUCCCCCAAGGCAGAAGCCACCGAGUCCAAAGAUGAUGCUAAGCAGGCCAACGAGCCCAAGCCCAGCAAAAAGGAUGCCGAGCCUACGAAGGAAGAAGCCAAGCCUAACAACGGUACCAGAUCUGACGAUGAAAAGUCUUGGAAUGGUAUCGAAGAUUGA